UUACAUAAUUCCUGGAAUUCCUGUGUUUCUCUCCCUCUCUCUCUUUCUCCUGUCUGUCUUUCAUUGCCUAAACUGUACUGUAAGUCAACUUGUUGUAGCUCUUCCACACCCCCUAAAACUUUCCCCUUCAGAGGUAUUUACUUCAUUCAUACUCACUCCCACUUUCUCCUCCAUACACUUUCCUCUGAGGCUCUCUUGGAUUCUUACACCCCUUGUCCUUGGACUGUGCCUUACAUCAUCCCGUAACCAAUUUUAAGAUUGGAUUAUUAGGAUCUCCAGCGGAUUGAGGCCGAUUCAGCAUUCUGUGCAUUCUGUGGAUUCAGAGUUUGGGAAAAGGAUCAUGGUACCGUGUACAGUGUCAGAGAUAAAAGGGAGACAGUAUUGCUGCUAAAGAAAGCAGAGAACAAGCACAUCUCAGGACAUCGGUCCAGGGUAGAGGAUCUGCCAGGAGAGAGAUAACAGAAAGAGAGAGAUGGGAUUGUGCAGCAUGUGGAUCUUCCUCUUGUUCCUGUGUUUCUCUCAUCAAAGCGUCUCUGCAGAAGCUGAAGAAUGUCGCACAGCCGUGCCUGCAGAUAUUGUUUUCCUGAUAGAUGACUCGUGGUCAGUGGGUCCAUCCAGUUUCCAGCAAAUCAAAGAGUUUAUAGCGGACAUCAUCAGAGCUUUCCGGGAAAAUGUGGUGGGACUCGAGGGUGUUCGCUUUGGAGUGACUGUUUACUCAGACUUACCCAGGAUGCGUAUAGCUCUGACAGAUUACUCGACUCUGGAGGAAGUGCUCAGGGCGGUGGAGGAUGUGCCGUAUGAAGGAGGAAACAGCCGCACUGGUCUGGCAUUGGAGUUUCUCGUAGAGUCUGUCUUCAGUUCCUCUAUCGUCAGAGACAAUGCCCCAAAGAUUGCUGUUCUGAUCACUAAUGGCCAAUCGGAUGAUCCGGUCGAUGGUCCGGCUAAAGCAGUAUCAGACAGUGGGAUUUCACUGUUUGCUGUGGGAGUGAGGAACGCUGAUCAGUCGGAGCUGAGGAAGAUUGUCACCGAACCUCAUGAGGAACAUCUGAUGCUCAGCCCGGAUUUUUCUUUCCUGGAGCACCUGCUUCCCAAACUCUCCCGCCGCAUCUGUUUCACGGCUUCAGAGCCACCACGACCCGUCAAACAAAAUCCACCAGUGGUGGAGAAGAUCGUAGGUCCAAAAGAUCUGCAGGUGAGCGUAUUGAGUUAUAACUCUCUGCAGCUGACCUGGAGUCAGGCCACAGGAGAUGUGACCGGCUACAGGCUGCUCAUCACCCCUGCGUCUCCAAAAGGCCAUCUGCUUCCAGCUCAGCAGAGACAGAUCGAUUUGAAAGGAGAUGUCGGUAGUACCUCUGUAACUGAGUUAAGUCCAAAAACAGAGUAUUCUCUCACUGUAUAUGCCAUCUACCCCGGACGCAUCGGCGAAUCUGCCACUAUUGUUGCAGAAACCCCUCCUGUGCCUUUGGUUGCCAACUUUCGUGUGAUUGAAGAAGGACUGUUCUCCUUACGCCUUGGAUGGACGCUGCCGCUUGGAAAAGUAGACAGCUAUAAAAUCUACAUUCCAAGGACGGAUAGACCCGGGCUCAUUUAUGAGCAGAUGCUGGCAGGCGACAUCUCCAUUCAUGUGAUUGAUGCCUUAGAAGAAGAUAAAGACUACACGGUCAGCAUCUACGCCAUGUACCCAGAGGGCAUCAGUGAGCCUGUGUCGGUCACUGGGAAAACAUUAAAACUGGUUCCAGUUAAGCAACUGCUGGUACAGAAUGCCACCACAGACACGGUGCAGGCCCGCUGGACUUCUGUCAGAGGAGCCACAGGAUACAGACUCACCUGGUCAUCAUUAGAGGGGCACAUAGAAAAUGUGAACCUGGGGGACAACUUUAAUUUCUACAUGGUGCAGGGUCUACAUGCUGGCACGGAGUACACUGUAACCAUCAACCCCAUUUUUGGGGACAUUGAAGGGCCUGUUACCACUGCCAAAGCAAAGACAUUGGAAAGCAGUGCAGUUCAGACAUUGAGGGCGACUGCAGUGAGCACUAACAGUGCUGUUACCAUAUGGAACUCUGUCCCAGGGGCCACAGGCUACAGACUGGCUUGGGGCCCGACUGCAGAGUUCACAGGGAGAGAUCGACCCAGGCAGCUGGCUUUAAAUGGCAGUGCUACUGAAUAUGCUCUGAAAAACCUGGCUCACGAUACCGAGUAUGUUCUGUCUCUGUACGUGCUCUUUGGUUCUGUGGUCGGACCCGGCAUCACCGCUACAUUCAGGACAUCGCCUCUUGGAUACGUGUCAAAUUUUAAAGUGACAUCGUACACAAGCUCUGCCAUUGAGGUGGAGUGGAGUGCGAUCGUAGGAGCUACAGAGUACAAACUCACCUGGAGUUCAGACUUUCUGCAUCCCCAGAGCCGCUAUCUUGACCGCAGCGUUUUAAAACACAGCAUAUCUGGUCUUCAUCCAAACACUGCUUAUUCAAUCAGCAUUCAUGCUGUCUACAGCAACACAGAAGGGCCGGAAAUCUCCCUUUCCCAGCGAACAGCGUCUUUGACAGACUCUGAGCUUAUUGAGACAGUUCGUGAAGUACGGGUGGUAGACACUGGUGCCAACUCCUUCAAACUGGGCUGGAAGAAAACACCAGGGGUCACUGGGUACAAAAUCACCUGGGUCCCCUUCCAUGGUGGAGUGAAGAAGAGUGAAGUUGUAUCUUCUUCAACCACUUCUUUUACCAUUACUAAUCUUCCUGCCAGCUCCGCCUAUAAAAUCCAGGUGUCUGCAGUGGUCAAACACAAAGAAGGAAGUCCAGUCAUGGUGACCGCCCGAACUUUGGAUCUGCCUAAAGUGACUGGAUUUAGUGCUCUGAACACCACAGACACCAGCACUGUACUGAAUUGGACCCGUGUGGCCGGAGUCUCCGGGUACCUAUUGUCUUGGAGACACAUCUCAGAGGUGGAGAUCUCCUCUGAGCUGUUGAGCUCCACCUUUACCUCCUACAAGAUCAGAGAUCUCCAGUAUGGGCGAACCUACAUCUUUUCCAUCAGGCCGCUUUAUGGAGAAGUGGAGGGUCCUGUCACAACCAUCACUAAAAGGAUCUUGGGGGCUCCUCAUCUGAUUCCUGUGAAGAGCCCCACAUCUGCUCCUGUCUCUUCUCACACCAACUUCAAUGAUGUCCACCUCAUAACCACAACCAGAAGCCCCCCAAAAGCCCCCAGCGUACCCACCACCACAAGGCCUCAGAUCACCAUAGGACAGACGCCCCAAUUACUAACCAGAAUGACCACUGCAAAUACUCGAAACACCCUGUCCGUAGAGACUCCGCCUCCUGGACCAGUGUGUGGCAAGGUGAAAGCAGAUAUUGUGUUUCUGGUCGAUGAGUCCUCGAGCAUUGGUGCUAACAACUUUGGCAAGCUAAAGGACUUCCUGUUCAGAAUCGUCACCUAUUUCCCCUCUAUAGGACCUAAAGGAACACAGAUAGCAGUAGUUCACUAUAGUGAUCAACCCAGGAUCGAAUUCAACCUGAAGGCUCACAAAGACCGCAGCUCGAUUUUGAGAGCGCUCAGAGAAGUUCGCUACGGAGGUGGAAACACCAAAACAGGUCGUGGCAUCAGCUAUGUCCUUAGGGAGCUGUUUCAGGAGUCAAUAGGAAUGAGACAAGAAGUUCCUCACGUGUUAGUGCUGCUGACAGAUGGAAGAGCUCAGGAUGACGUAGAGCCGCCUUCCCGAAUAGCACACGCCCUGGGUGUCAGUGUACUGGUGGUCGGAAUCGCUCAAGCAGAUAUUGAGGAGCUGAAGACCAUCGCUUCCCCCACCACCUACAAAAACAUCUUCUUCGCCAGUGACUUUGAUGAUCUGCCCUCCAUCGAGAGAGGGUUGAUCAGCAGCCUUUGCAGUGAGGCUUUACAGUCAGAGUUCAAACAGCAUGAUGAAUCAGCUCAACUAGACACACCUACGAGCGACCCCGAGCCUCUCUCGAAACCCGAAGGACCCUGUCCACUUAGCUGCAAGGGUCAGAAAGGAGAGAAGGGUGAUGGAUUUGGUCUCGGCGGCCUGCGGCUGCAGCAAAGUCCUGGACAUUAUGACUCAUUUAGUCUAAAGGCCAAAGGAGAAAAGGGUGAGAGGGGUCUUCCCGGAACUGAUGGCAUUCCGGGGUUACCAGGAAGACCGGGUAGAACCGGACCCCCUGGUUCUCCUGGACAAAGGGGACCAGCUGGAACUUCUGGUGACAUGGGACCUCCUGGUAAUACUGGACCAAAAGGACAGAGAGGAGAGAGAGGAGAGCCUGGAUAUGUAAUAGGAGGCACGGAAGUUGUUACAGGACGUAAAGGAGAACCUGGAUCUUCUGGUCCUCCAGGUGCUCCAGGUGUCCCAGGAGUAUCAGGCCCAUCAGGGCUGCCGGGUCAACCUGGCCCCACGGGGCCUCCAGGACUCUCUGUGAAGGGUGAAUCUGGGGAGCCUGGUCAUAAGGGUCCACGUGGAAAACCAGGUCUCAAAGGUGAAAAAGGAGAGCAGGGGAAUAAUGGUCUAGCGGGUUUACCAGGACCAGUGGGGGUUGAUGGAGUCCCAGGUCUGCCUGGUCAGAAGGGUGAGAAGGGAGAGGAUGGUAUCGGAAUUCAAGGUGCUCAAGGUCCACCCGGGCCGGCUGGAGAGAAGGGUGAUGUUGGAUUACAAGGCUUAAAGGGUGAGCCGGGAAUCCAAGGUGCCCAGGGAGUCAUAGGCCCUCGGGGGAAAAGAGGUCCUAAAGGAGAUCAAGGAGUUAAGGGUGAACGUGGAGAAAUCGGGCCGAUUGGGCCUGCAGGAAUUGCAGGCUUACCGGGAGCUGUUGGACCAAAGGGAGAUGAGGGGCAGCGUGGCGCUCCCGGUGACCCAGCGAAAGGGAUUCUCGGUCCUCAAGGGAAGAAGGGUGCGAGGGGUGACACUGGGCCUGUUGGGCCAUCUGGACUGCAAGGGAUCAAAGGAGAUCAGGGAGGAAAAGGUGAAAAGGGCAACCCUGGGUUUGGAAUCCCCGGACAGCCUGGCCCUAAAGGAGAGAGUGGAGAACGGGGAAACGUUGGAUUAUCAGGGAAACCGGGCUCUAAAGGCAGCGAUGGCUCCAAAGGAGAGAAAGGGGAAAUAGGUUUCCCAGGCAACCCUGGAUCUUCAGGACUAAGAGGUAAAGAUGGCUUGCCAGGAAUGAAAGGAGAGAUGGGACCAAGGGGGGAGUCUGGUUCACCAGGAGAGCCCGGAGAGAGAGGUCUCAAGGGCCCUCUCGGCCUUCCGGGGCGACCAGGUGACUCUGGUGUGCAAGGAGAGCCUGGAAAAUUAGGGUUACCGGGUCCUGAAGGAGUAAAAGGCGAGAAGGGUGAGCCGGGAAAGCCAGGACCACCAGGAGGUUCUCAGUUAACCAUGUCAGACAACACCAUCCUUACGAGGGCUAUCAAGGGUGAACCGGGUGAACCAGGGCUUCCAGGGCUCCGUGGAGAGACAGGAAAACCUGGAUUGCCUGGUCCUGAAGGUAAACCUGGUCCACCAGGGAAUUCACCGUCAGAAUCUGGUACAAGACGAGAUGGUCUGGAUGGUCUACCAGGAAAGCCUGGAUCUAAGGGUGAACCAGGACAAAAAGGCGAACCUGGGAUGAAAGGAGACCCUGGUCGUGCUGGGAUUACUGGUAUGCCUGGUUUACCUGGAACACAUGGCAAGCCUGGUGUUGACGGAAAGCGGGGGACAGCUGGAAAAGAUGGAGAACAAGGACCAAAGGGUGAUGAAGGGGAAAAGGGUGAAAAGGGUGAUCCUGGUACAAAUGGAAAUGAAGGUAAAAAAGGAGAACCUGGAUCUCCAGGCUUGCCAGGUCCUCCAAUUGUUCUCCAAGAGGGUAUGUCAACUGAAGACAUUAAAAAGUUGUUUCCCAUCCCAAUGGGACCUCCAGGAGCAACGGGUCCAACUGGCAUGAAGGGAGAGAAAGGAGAAAAUGGAGAGAAGGGUGAUGCUGGCCCACCCGGGAGAGCUGUUGAAAUGAAGGAUAUUGAAGCCUUGUUUGAUUCAUAUGGCAUUAAACUUUCGCUGCUGAAGACAUUGAUUGACAGACUGCUGCAAGAUGGCAUGGAGGAACUUCUUCAUGAGAUCACCAAUAGAAAAGUGAAAGGAGAGAGACAGGAACCGGAUUCAAACAUCAUCGCCGAAAUCACUAGCUCAGUAAAGUACAGUCACUCACAUGAAUCUUUACCUGGUGUGGAUUUAACGGAUAAAGAGUCUGAUCUCAAAGAGGAACAGAUUUCUAAACCCAGUCCUGAACCAAUGGUUGAAAUUGAGGUGGGUCCUACCCUUCUCUCUACCAUCCACAGCAAGACUAACCUGAGCAAAAUUAAAGACAAACAGGCAGAGAACGAGGAGAGCCAACCAGAGAUCAACUUUCAUGACGUGACAACCUCCAAAUAUUCCUAUACCAACACUUCCUCUGAGAGGUCUUCUGGAAAAGCAGAGGUAGGUAUGGAGACUGUUUUACACAGCCAUGAAGACACAGGAAAGAAAACAUCUGGAGAAAAGAAGAAAGGCAAAGAGAAAGCAAAGGGCAAAGGAAAUAAAGGACGUCAAAAACGGCAAAGGAAGCGUUUGGAAAACCAAGACAAUAUAGAAGAGGAUGUUGAAGAGGCAUCAUAUGAUGAUGAAGAAUAUGAGGAUGAAGAUCCUUCAGAAGACCCAUUUUCUGCUGAAGAUGAGCUCAAAUUUACCACGACAGCAGCUGUAUACAUGCAAGAAAAUGAGGGAGAGAUAGAAACAUUUCCACUAGGACAAUCUCCAGAGGAAUUUACAUCGACUGCUCACACAACAACAGCGAGUCCACUGGUUUCAACCAGAGUCACAGAACAGACGCCAACUGAAGCUACAGUAACGCCAGUGUUAAAUACAAAACAAAGUGAAAACGAGGAGCUCCUCUAAACUCUGUAAGGGUGACAUUCAAGUGUGUAUAAACUGUGAAGGGUAAAAGAGGGGGAGGAGCUGACCGGCCGGCAUUACUUUGGGAGAGCCUCCUUUCCCGUCGCGCAAUGAUGAUGUCAUCCGACCACGCUGCCUCUCCACCACGACUAGCGUCGUUCAGUACGCUGCAGUGCCUUUGAUAGAUCGAGAACAACCACCUGCACGAUCUGUGAGGAGAAACCAGCUCAGUUCAAACAUAACAGUCCUUUCAUGUGCUAAAUUACUCAUAUAAAAAUGAAAUCCCUCCCUUACAGUGCAUCGAUUUGUUCGCCAGUGGCUUAUUUAUUGAUAAGACUGAAAAAGAUUGUAUUUUUUUCCCGUGCAUCUUUACAUUUGAGGCAGCGUAAUCUGCCACCUGUUUUCACUGGUGAAAUUCAUUGCCGUAUUGUUAUACUUUCAUAGUUAAUCUGCUUGUGCAUGUCUGUCAGUAAAUGUGUUCAUCCUUCCUAAACCAAUAUUGUGUUUCAGAGUCUUUUUUUGCGUGUGUUAUUUUAUUUAACAAUAAUAAGGGAUAAGUGCAGUAUCGUGCUUAUAAUGCAGCUAUGUAUACAAAUAAAAGGAAAUGUAAUUAUGAUUAAUAAUAAAU